AUGCCUAGAACAGAUGAACACCAGGCAGCGCACAAUAACGCAGACAAAUACCAGUGUGACACAUGUGGGAAAGGAUUUAAACAUAAAAGUGCCCUCAUUACCCAUCAGAGAACACACAAUGGAGAAAGACCUUACCAGUGUACUACAUGUGAAAAAGGCUUUAAACAGAAAAAUGGUCUCAUCAAGCAUCAGAGAACUCAUACUGGGGAAUGGCCUUACCUGUGUGCUACAUGUGGAAAAGGCUUUGCAGAGAAAAGUGCUCUCAUCACCCAUCAGAGAAUCCACACUGGAGAGAGGCCUCACCAGUGUGCUACAUGCAGAAAAGGCUUUAAACAGAAAAGUGCCCUCAACAAGCAUCAGAGAACUCAUAUAUACCAUACUGGAGAAAGGCCUUACCAGUGUACCACAUGUGAGAAAGGAUUUGCACGAAAGUGUGAUUUCAUCAGGCACCAGAGAAUCCAUGCUGGGGAAAAGCCUUACCAGUGUAAUAGAUGUGGAAAACGCUUUACAGAAAAAAGUACCCUCAUCAAGCAUCAGAGAACUCAUACUGGAGAAAAGCCUUACCAAUGUAAUGCAUGUGGGAAAAGCAUGACACAGAUAAGUAACCUCAUCGCCCAUCAGCGAAUUCAUACUGGGGAAAAGCCUUACAAGUGUGCCACAUGUGGAAAAGGCUUUGUACAUAAGUAUGAUCUCAACAAGCACCGGAGAAUCCAUACUGGUGAAAGAUCUUACCAGUCUCAGCGCAGCUCUGAGGACCAGUUUCCAGCGUGA